AUGAAAACUGGUGGCAUUCGAACCACUUCUAAAGGGGGAAGUCAUAUAACGGUGGAUACUACUGAUGAGGCAUCUCCCUGCAUGGUAAGCAUGAAUCCAGAUCCUGCUACUGCAGGCAUUAUCUGCAUGUGGCUUGAAAGCUUGCUACAAAACUUGCGUUCUUCAGCCACAACAGAUUCUGGGAUUUGCACCACGCUUACUACUAGCAUUGCUAGCCCUCAAGUUCAGCAGUCACCUUCCGUUUCAUACCAGAAGUUAACUAAUAAAACCGUUGGUUUGCAUCUAAUUGAGCAGCCCCCUGAUCCCAUUCAAACACAGGCAGAAGGUUUUGGACCUCUGAUUUCUGCCGUUCACACUCGCUCAAGCGACCGUCAUCCAGCACCGUCUCCCAGUCUCCAGCCAACUCCGAUGUCAAAUGUUGUGCCCAUCAAAAACACAUCUGUUUGCACACUUUUUGCUUGGUGUCCAGUUGAUAUCAAACCCGACGGUGACUGCCGCUUGGCCGGGUUUUAUAAGCUGAAUCGCGAUGGCCCUUUUCACUUCAUUACAACAGGAACAGUCACUUCCGUUUCCGAAGACGGAAAAUCCGUACUGACUGAUGGGGGUCAUACAUUCAGUCUUUACGGAGGCAUUUCCUGGUGGAUAUAUGCAGCAGGUACCGAGAAACCAGAAGCUAUGCAACUCCCCACGCAAAUUCAACUAGCGUUUUCCCGAGGCUUUCCGACUUCACACUGGAGGUCCCAUACGCAAGCUCUGUAUUAUUUCAUUGCAACUUCACAAUUUCGGCCUCCAACUGACCUGGACGAACGGUUAGCACAAAAGAGCAACCCCGAGCCAUGCUUUCGGACCCCAAACUCAGCGAAUAGACUAUCAAAGACCAUUCCACCUGUCCAAUCCCCACUUGGUUUGGCCAUGCCCACCCCUGUUUACGCGCUUCAUCAGAACCAUCACAAAGAACAGGAUACUGUAACCAUGGUCUCUAGUGGUUCAUCUGGAUCCAAUGCACACACGACGUUCGUUUCGGCGUCUGUCGUGGCGAAUCAGCGAACGCCAGUGAAACGUAAAGAUUUGUCUAGCCUUCGUCAUAAGGCAAUCAAUCAUUUUGCAGAAUCCUCAGAUAUUUCCUCCAAUAAUAGUUCACUCUCUGUGAGUCUCUCAGACGUAUCCCAGUCAAAAAGACAUCGGAAAUCGACAAAAGAUCACACAAAACAUCCUGCGAAAAGAACUAGCCGUCCUCCCACAGAUCGAUCUCUAUCACUCCGGACUUCCGCUUCGAGGAAACCGAGGGAAGGCGACCGUUACACAGCACGUUCAAAGUCGAAAAAGACUAUUGGAGAUUUGUUCAAAAUUUACACUGCCAACGGAAGCGCUCUGGACAUUCGCGACCUAGAAAAAACGCGGUCCGGUCGAUGGGUUAUCCCUCGGUUGGAUAGUCGCGCCGGCCAAAUUGUCCAGGUCGACGAAGACGGUUCCGUACGUAUAACGCGAGGUCCCGGCACUAAGGACACUCCUCCCACCGAUUCCCAUCGGAGGCGUUCCACUCAUCAUUAGUUUCGUGUGCGCUGAUUACCAGCCGAAGGCAUUCGUUGUUAUCCGUGAACUUUCUGAUCUUCACACACGUGUCGCAAAUGUUCUCCUGCGUUUUUUCAUUUCUCAGAUUUUUCCCCAUUCCACGGAUAGGUUAUGUUAUCUUGUCCAUUUUCAAAAAGAAAUUUUAUGAUAUCCAAGUGCCGCUUGGUUGUGGACUUUUG